AUGGUCAUCGUCAUCGUCAUCGUCAUCGUCAUCGUCAUCGUCAUCGUCAUCAUCGUGGUCAUCGUCACCAUCAUGGUCAUCAUCAUGGUCAUCAUCAGCAUCGUUGUCAUCGGCAUUGCCGUCGGUAUCGCCAUUGUGGCUAUCGGGCGCAACUACGCGGCCCACGCCGCCGAGUUGGCCAACCCUGUCCCAGCUGCUCCGGUCGUCUUUCUCAAGCCGACCUCGGCGUACAUCGGGCCUGGGGAGGCCAUCCGCGUCCCGAUGGGCGUGCCGGAGCUGCAUCAUGAGGUCGAGCUGUGUGUGGUCAUCGGCGAGUCGGCAAAGGGUCUGGAUCUUCCGGCCGAUCCGUCACCGGCUGCGGCCAAGGCGGGCGCCGGGGUUGAUGCUGCCGUGGAUGCCGCCAUGGCGGUCGUCGGAGGCUACGCGCUCGGUCUGGACAUGACCGCUCGCGAGGUGCAGAGCGUGGCCAAGGGGAAGGGCCUGCCGUGGACCGAGGCAAAGGGCCGCGACACCUACGCCCCGAUCUCGGACCUCAUCGCCAAGGACGCGCUCGGCGAUGACGUCCACGACGUCCGGCUGUGGGCAGAAGUCAACGGCGAGCUGCGGCAGGACGGCGGUGCCACUGACAUGCUGUUUUCGGUCCCGUACCUGGUUGCGUACGUCUCGCGGCUGAUGUCGCUCGCUCCUGGCGACGUGAUCAUGACCGGCACUCCGUCGGGGGUGGGCCCUGUGGUGCCCGGUGACUCGAUCCGCGUCGGCCUCGCCCGCGGCGCCGACAACGUCGCGCACGCCGAUCCGGUCGCCGACCUCACAUUCGCCGUCGAGCAGGGCAUGUGGUAG